GUGGCUUUUAUUGUGAAAUGCCCAUCCAGUUUGAUGAUUGCUGGAACUCUGACUGAGGGAUUCCCAACCCAGAGACUCGGGAUAGUAUUUUUCAUCAAAGCAACACAGGGCUUGGUGAAACGGAGAUUGUCGUAACUGUGUCAAUAAACAGCUGAAAUGAGUUUCCUUGGUGGUUUGUUUGGCCCUGUAUGUGAAAUUGAUGUCUUAUUAAAUGAUGCUGAGUCUAGAAAGACAGCAGAACUGAAAACAGAGGAGGGGAAGAUCGAAAAGAACUAUUUAUUUUAUGAUGGAGAGUCUGUGUCCGGGAAGGUCAAUCUGAAUGUGAAGCAAACUGGGAAAAGACUUGAACAUCAGGGGAUCCGCAUUGAGUUUGUGGGACAGAUAGAGCUGUUCAGUGACAAAAGCAACACCCAUGAGUUUGUGAACUUGGUGAAGGAGCUGGCACUGCCUGGGGAAUUGACCCAGAACAGGAGCUACGACUUUGAGUUCAUGCAGGUGGAGAAGCCUUAUGAAUCCUACGUAGGAGCCAAUGUGAGACUCAGAUAUUUCCUGAAGGUGACGAUAGUGAGACGCCUCUCUGACCUGAUCAAGGAGUAUGACCUGAUUGUCCACCAGCUGGCUACUUACCCUGAUGUAAACAACUCCAUCAAAAUGGAGGUUGGCAUUGAGGACUGCUUACACAUAGAGUUUGAAUACAACAAGUCAAAGUACCAUUUGAAGGAUGUGAUUGUAGGAAAAAUCUACUUCCUCCUGGUCAGGAUCAAGAUCCAGCACAUGGAGCUACAGCUAAUCAAGAAGGAGAUCACUGGAAUAGGGCCCAGCACGACCACGGAAACGGAGACGGUUGCCAAGUAUGAGAUUAUGGAUGGAGCCCCGGUAAAAGGAGAGUCAAUUCCCAUCCGACUCUUCCUGGCUGGUUAUGACCUUACAGCCACAAUGAGAGACGUCAACAAGAAGUUUUCUGUUCGCUACUUCCUCAACCUGGUGCUGGUUGAUGAGGAGGACAGGAGAUACUUCAAACAGCAGGAGGUUGUCCUGUGGAGGAAGGCCCCUGAAAAAAUGAAGAAACGCAAUUUCCACCAACGCUACGAGUCCCCUGAGCCCCGACCCACUGUCCCCGCAGAGCAGCCUGAGAUGUAAGCAUCCCCAGGGGCAUUGGACAGGAACACAGACACUGAGAACCAUGCUGAUUCUGCUGAACGCUAAGCCUGAAGAGACGGGGGAACAACUCUACACGCCAGGAUAGAUAAAAGGCCCGCUGUAUGUUUUCCCUACCUUCCACAGUUCCACAGGUGUCGGUGUGCUACCUGCCACACCUGAAUGGAUUACGGGUCCUCUGAUGGCCACUGCUAUCUCACUUAUAGCAGAAUGGAUGGACUCCUCUCUUCCUCUUACACAGCUGUUGGACAAGAGAUUGCAUUUUAUUUUAUAUUAUAACACUCAUUUUUGGCCCUACUUUUCCUGUAAUUGAUGCACUUGUUUCAGCCAAGCACUGGGAGAAUAGUCAUACACUAGUAGAUUUUAAGGAUGUGUCCCAGUGUGUGUGAACAGGUUCACCAGAAUGUGAUGAGUUGAUAUUAGGUCAAGUACAUCCUUUGUUGGCUGUAGGAUCCGUCUCUGUCAAGCUGUAAGAAAAUAGGCAUUCUUUGAGCUUCAGAGGUGCCAUAUUUAUAAUCCACUGAAAGAUGUAAAAGAUUUAUAUAUCUUAAGUUAUUUAGUAUUGAAGCUGUAGUUUCACUCAUUUCAAUUUUCUUAUCAUGCAGCAAGGUGACAAUGUAUUUGUUUUGUUUGUUUUCAUUUUCAAAGAUAAAUAUACUGUAUAAUAAAUCAUUGCUUUUACAUUAUGCAUUGGCUAGAGGCACUAUGAAUGAUCUUGAAUAAAAUGGUGGAACAGUU